CUCCGAAUAUCGAUCAAUGUACAAAAAUGGUUGAACUUAAUAGACAUUAUCAUCAUUGACACAGCGGAAAAAAUGUUUGUUUUGUAAAUUUCUGUGCCAAUAGACUUGGAAUUUUUGUGCUUGUAAUUUUUGUCGCGGCAAUAAUUCGAGUUUCCAUUGAAAAGAUUUGCAUUUUUUUUGCUAAUUCCGUUUACCGUUCCAAUGAAAUAUUCGACAACAAGUUUAUCCAUUCAGUGACAUGUCUUUAGAAGAUCCUUUUUUUGUAGUGAAAGACGAGGUAUUUAAGGCUUUGAAUAAGACACGGGGACUAUACUUACGGUGGCGUGAAAUUGGUGAUACGACUGUAGCGGAAUCUGAAUGGACUACAACUGAGUUGAGGAAUUCACUGAGAAGCAUUGAAUGGGAUUUAGAGGACCUUGAAGACACAAUCACUAUUGUAGAGAAAAAUCCGAAUAAAUUCAAAAUCGACAAAAAGGAAUUAAUUAGCCGGCGAUGUUUCAUCGAUGCAACGCGCGAUGAAGUCAAAUCGAUGAAGGAAAAGAUGAGCUUGAAUCGAAAUCGAGACAGAGAUAUAACUGCCCGACAACCAUUAUUGGAAACUGUGAACAACGAAAGUAACAACAAUCAAACGCUUAACAAUAAUUCGUCUGGUUUAGCAUCUACAUUGGGAACGAUGGCGUCCAGACAUAGUGGAACGAAAUAUUCAAAAUUGGAGAAUGCUAUUGACAGUCCCGGACACUAUUCCACAUUAGAUAGUCCGUCGCAUCGGUUUAUCGGCGAAAGUGUGUCGGUGCAACAGCGAAUGCUGCAAGGUCAGGAUGAGCAGUUGGACGUUAUAAGUGAUUCGAUAGGGACAUUGAAGACGGUGUCGCGUCAAAUUGGAAUUGAAUUAGAUGAACAGGCUGUAAUGCUAGACGAUUUUGGUAAUGAAUUGGAGAGCACCGAAUCGAAAAUUGAUUCGACAAUGAAGAAAGUGGCAAAAGUUUUACAUAUGAACAAUGAUAAUCGUCAAUGGAUGGCCAUUAUUGUCCUAUCAAUUCUGCUACUGUUAGUAAUAGUUUUAUUUAUUGUUUUGUAAUUAUGUUUCUUUCUUACCUUAGUUCAACAUUAUAAUUGACUGUAUUUUUAUGUAGCGAAAGUGACUUAUGUUUGAUGUCGCACAUUGUAGUUUCGUUUCGUUAAAAUAUUAUUCCAAAAAUUAUUUCUUGGUUCAGGAUUGUUGAUUGGCAUUUUCUUAGGGUUUUCACAUGAAAACGAAAUCCCUCAGCAAGCAAUAACGUUCGUUGCGUACGUUUUUUCUCUACAAACACUGUACGAGGUUCGUACUACGAACUAUAGUGCCAAAACAAUUUAAUUUAAUUCGGGAGAAAAUUUAAUUCGGGAGAAUCGUUUCGAUUGAUUAGUACUACGGAGUGGAGUCUGGAUAUGCGUAAAUUUUGGUGCGAGUUCUCCUGGUGUUAAAUACAGUGCGGCUUAUGCCCGUGCCACAUUCGUCUACACAAUGUUUACAAUAGUUCUAUGUUUUCCAAUAUUUAUUUGACAUAUUCUAUGUGUGAAAUCGUAUGGAAAUUACAAUGUAUUGUAGAUAACACUCGUAUGGUGUGGAACGAGUCUUAGAACGAAGUCUCCAAUUGACUUAAUACAAUUUUAAUUUAACUUUUAUACGUUAGCAAACACGAAGUUGUUUGAUGUUAUUUUCAACUCCCUGCUGUUUUUCCGUAACUGUGCGCUGUUAAGAAAAUGGAAAUAAUUCCCAGUUCAGUCAAUGCAAAUUUUCUAACAUUAUUAUUCAAAUUUUUGUUCGACGGACCACAGAACCGGCCUAAAAUUGAAAAAGGUGUUACUUAAAAAAAAAUUUUUUUUUUAAAUUUGGUUAGAUUCCGCAAAUUUUGAGAAAUGUGCUUUGAAUUUAAAUUAAACAGAGAAAUCUGCGAGAUCAUCGGGCUUUUUAUUAGAAAGCGUAAAGAAACAACAUUCUAGCCAAUUGGCAUCACAACAUUUAGAAGUGUAAAUAUUUUAUUAUUAUUCUGAUGAUAAAAAGUAAUGUUUUUUAGAAUGUAGAUGAAUAUUAGUUUUAAAAUGAAAAUAGAAAUAAAAUAUUUAUUCAGUGGCAACAACAACAAGAAGAAACCAUAUUAAAAAAUAAAUAUUUAAAACAGAUUCAUAAUGGGGGCUCGUGCAUUUUAUUCAUAAAAAAUUAUUGUAAAAUGUUUCAGAAAAAAAAACUUAAUAAGCUUAGUGAUCUUUUUAUAUAAACAAGAGACGGAUAUAAAGGAUAAGCAAGAGAGUAGUUUGUAAGGAUUCCAGUCAAAAAAACAGUUGAAUAUUUAUUUGUGCAUUAAAUUGUUAUAAGCAUUUUAUUCUUCAAAAAAUAUCUAUUUUUGGUACACUCACUCGGAUUUAAUUUUUCUUUCUAUUCACAUUUGUUGCAUGGAUUGAGUAUCUUCUUUUUGUGGGAAUGCUAAGACCUCCAUAUCACAUAACUGUUUGAAAUUAAUGUAGUUUCAGUGAUAAGACAGUUUUUAAUUGGAAUGAAGG